AUGGCAAAGGCUCUUAUAAAGGCAUACUUCACCUCAUCUUCUGCUGAGAGAAGAGCAUUGUUAUCAGCCCCAUUGUCUAAAGAAUUGAAGCAGAAAUACAACAUUAAAUCAUUGCCAAUCAGAAAGGAUGACGAAGUUUUGGUCAUCAGAGGCUCCAAGAAAGGUUCUGAAGGAAAGAUCAGUUCUGUUUACAGAUUGAAAUUUGCUAUCCAACUCGAAAAGUUGCAAAAGGAAAAAUCUAAUGGUGCAUCUGUUCCAAUCAACAUUCACCCUUCCAAGGUUGUUCUCACCAAGUUGCACUUGGACAAAGACAGAAAGACCUUAAUUGAAAGAAAGGGCGGUAAGCUUGAGUAA